AUGGCUAGGAAGUUCAAAACUAAGCUCAAAGCAGCCAGGGACAGGUUCCGAUCAACGCGUCUUACCAUCGCCGCCGCCGCCGCCGAUGACGCCUCCAGUGACAGUCAUCCGCCGCCGCACAAUCCUGCAUCUGCUCCGCCUCGGCCUCCGCCUGCGCCACAGCGUGUGAUUGAGGAUUGCUUCAUAUGCAAAAGAAAACUGCAUCCAGAACAGAACAUAUUCAAAGCAUUCUGUUCUCACGAAUACCAUUUCAAGUGCAUCAUAGUGUUCUUCAAGAACGGCGGUCGAACAUGCCCGGUUUGUCGAAUUCGAUGGCGGCAGCUCGCCGCAUACUUCUACAGCUUACAAUUUUCGAUGCUAAGUCAUCUCGUAAAUCCGAGCCAUUCCGUCUCCCCUGUUCCGGAAGCUUCUACCAGUCGCCCGCCUGAUCGGUACAUCGAGCCUUCAAUCUUCAACGAUGACGAGGCUGUAAGUACUCUUCCUGUCGAGGCCUCCAAGGAUUUACAGGGAGUUCGACUCAAGGUGUUUCCGGAACUUCGAUCCAUCAAGAAGUUGAGCACGGUCGAAAAUUUCAACAUCGUGCUUCGCUUAAAAGCUCCGGUUUUUUAUGGAGUACCAAAAUUAUCGUAUCCUCCGAUUGAUCUUGUUGUGAUUCUUGACGUUAGCGGGAGCAUGCACGGGACGAAGCUCGUGUUUAUGCAACGGGCGAUGAAGUUCGUGAUCGAGAAUCUUGACGAUGACGACAGGCUGUCGGUUAUCGCCUUCUCCUCGGAGGCUCGACGACUGUUUCCUCUUCGGAGGAUGUCUGUUGACGGAAGGCGAAUCGCUUUACAAGAAGUUGAUCUUUUGGUUGCGACAGGCACAACGAACAUGGCCGAGGGGUUGAGAAAGGCGGCGAAAGUGAUGGACGAUCGGACGAUGAAGAAUCCUGUCGCCGGAAUUAUGCUGCUCUCCGACGGCCUCGACACGCACACGAUUUCUUACGAUUUCUGCGGCGACACUAGACACCAUCCGAAUUACCGACGACUCCUUCCCGACUCGCUCAUACCCGACGAAGUCACGAGGUUCAGAAUCCCGAUCCAUACAUUCGGACUUGGAUUCGAUCACGACGCCGGCGGCAUGUACGCAAUCGCCGACAUCACGCGAGGGACGUACUCGUUCAUCGAACACGAAGACAACAUCGUGCAGGCGUUUGCGCAGUGCAUCGGAGGGCUUUCGAGCGUCGUCGCGAAGGAUCUCGUCAUCAAAAUCGAGUACAGCGGCCGAGGGGUUUUUCUACACAAGUUCGACGCGGGAAAGUACCCUAGCGACAUAAAUCACACCCGACGGAUCGGAUGGGUCGACGCCGGGCAGCUUUACGCUGACGAGAAGAGGGACUUCCUCGCUUCGAUCCUCGUCCCAACCAACGUGUCGUCGGUUUUGAAAAUAACUUGCCGGUACCAAAAUGCCGUGUUUGGAAAACCGAUGUCGGAAAAGCCUCGCUACAUUCGCGUCCCGAGAAACGAGGUUCCUCGACGGGAAAUUGUCCCGAAACAUAUGGAGAGAUAUCUGAUCUGGGAUCGGGUAGUCGACGCGAUGGUGCACGCAAGACUCGCCGCCGACGAUCGAGAUUUGUUGCGCGCCAAGGAGAUCAUCGAGAGCGCAGCCGAGAUGCUAAGCGAGACAGAGCAAACGAAGGACAGAGAUCGGGUGUGCUUAUCGCUUGAAGGCGAACUCGGCGUGAUGAAGGAGGUGUUGACGAACAAGCAAGUGUACGAGACGUCGGGUCGAGCGUACCUUCUGUCCGUCGUAAGCUCGCACACUUGGCAGCGAGCAACGACCCGCGGCGAGUUGUCGGAGGGCUCGAUGCUGUACGAAACUCCGAUAAUGUCCGAGAUGGUUACACGGGCUCGGACAACUACGUCGAACCCUUAA